CAUGUGACGGCGCGUUUCUGGGGCACCUGCCUUGGAGCUCUGCCUGAAGUGACAGCGGAGAGAACCGGGCGGUCCUGAAGCCGAGGUAGCUGGCAGCACGGAGCCCGGCGCGCAGGGCUGGGCCCGGGCCGUGGCGUGGAGAUUGAUCCUGCGGGAGGAAGGGGUUCGUCAUGGCGGAUGACCUAAAGCGAUUCCUGUAUAAAAAGUUACCAAGUGUUGAAGGACUCCAUGCUAUUGUUGUGUCAGAUAGAGAUGGAGUACCUGUUAUUAAAGUGGCCAAUGACAACGCUCCAGAGCAUGCCUUGAGGCCUGGCUUUCUGUCCACUUUUGCCCUGGCAACAGACCAAGGGAGCAAACUGGGACUUUCUAAGAACAAAAGUAUCAUCUGUUACUAUAACACCUACCAGGUUGUGCAGUUCAAUCGACUGCCUUUGGUGGUGAGUUUCAUAGCCAGCAGCAAUGCCAAUACAGGUCUAAUUGUCAGCCUAGAAAAGGAACUUGCUCCUUUAUUUGAAGAAUUGAUAAAAGUUGUGGAAGUUUCUUAAUUUGACAGUCAUUUUGAUGUAUACCUUGUCUUCGUUGUAACAAUACAAUAUCAAUCCAGCAAUCUUCAAGACUUCAGUAACGCUUUUCUCUAUGUACUCAAGAAAGGGCCCCUUUCCCCACCUUAUGCUAGAGAAAGAGCCCAUAGAUUUAAGUUAUGGACAGGUCAGUUCUAUUUCCUUGUGCAGGGUCUUUCUUAGUGAGUGAAAUCCGGGGAUACCACAAAAAAUGGCUCAGUUACCAUGGCUCCCAUGGAGUUAGUCCAGUCACCAAAUGCAGGUGAGAUUCCCCUCAGUGGAUCAGAAUCAAAAUGGUACCUUGAUCCACCUGAGCCGUCAAGUGCUCCCUGUUGUACUAUACGCCCAGGCCUGCAGAAUGAAGCAGACCCUUUUUAUUGUGAAUAAUAAUGAGGACAUAUUUUUCUUCAGAUUAUGUUUUAUUUCUUUGCAUUGAAAAUGAGAAAGAUAAAAUGACUUAGUAAAAUAAAAUCAGUACAAUCACUAACUUUCCUUUGUAAAUGUUAUUUUGCAAUAUAGAUGAGUAUUACUAAUCGAUAUAUGAUUCUUUUCAGAGGGUGCUGUUCUUUAAUGAAAGUGAAAAUUAUUGCUAAUGGUUUUUUCCCAACUUUGCUUUCUAUAACCAAUCAAUAUUUUAAUGUUUAUGUGUUCUUUAUGUAAGAUACAAACAUGAUUUAUUACUGAAUUCUGUUGCCAAUAUCAUAUGUAUGUAAACCCAAUAGUGUGAAGUACAUUUUUUCAUACACAAGUAUAAAUAAAAUAGUAUUUUUAAAAA